AUGGGAAACGCCUGCUCCGAUGGUUGCUUCGGCAUGCUUGGCAGCAAGAAGGUCUCGCAGUUGCGUGCCUGCAAACAGGACCUCAAGAAGUUCAUCGACGGCAAAAACUGUCAUCCGAUCAUGGUUCGCUUGGCGUGGCAUGACUCUGGUACCUAUGAUCAGCGCAUCAAGAACUUCCCGGAGCGGGGUGGCGCCAACGGUGCAAUCAGGUUUGCAGGAGAGAUGAACUUCGGUGCGAAUGCCGGCCUCGACAAAGCCAAAGGGUUUCUCGAUGAGUUCGCGAAGAAGUAUCCCGAAAUUUCCUGGGCUGACCUCAUCCAGCUGGCAUCCGCCGUUGCCAUUGAAUGUGCCGGUGGCCCUGCCAUUGACAUGAAGUACGGCCGAGUGGCAGUCACCUCCGACAGCGAGUGCGUGAAAUCAGGGUCCAGGGAGGGCUUCUCGGGGAACGCGGGGCUUCCCGACGCCAAGCCUCCCUUCGGCUGCGGGGCACCGACGGCGGCACAGCAUCUUCGGAAUGUGUUCACGAAGAAGAUGGGCUUCACAGAUCAGGAGAUCGUCGCACUCUCUGGUGCCCACACCAUCGGCCGCGCCUUCAAGGAGCGCAGUGGCGCCUGCCCUUUCGGCUAUGGUGAGCAGGGGGCAUCGAAGUACACCAAGUCCGAUUGCUUAGCGCGGAAGGAUGGCCAGAAAGGUGUCGGAAUGGUUGGCGGUGCGGCUUGGACGAAGAACUGGCUGACCUUCGACAACAGCUACUUCAAAGACUACAAGCUGGCCUCAGAGGAUCAGGACCUCCUUUGGUUCCCAACCGACGAGGCUCUUCACACGGACCCGGAGUUCAAGAAGUACUUCGACAUUUAUGCUAAGGAUCAGGACGCCUUCUUCAAGGACUAUGCCAAGGCCCACAAGAAGUUGAGUGAGCUCGGGGCCAAGUUCGUGCUGCCCGAUCUGCCUCCCUCUGUGGACAUGGUGGUGGCAGCCUACAACGCAGACAUGAUGGGAAAGGUGGGAGCCGCGAAGAUCGCUUUCGUGGCACCCGACGAGUGGGAGAAGGGUGAGGAUUUGCGGUGCCCAAAGGACACGCCGCCGGAGAAGCGCCUGGGCCAUCUUUUGAGAGCGUCUCAGUCAGGUGAAGGCUUGUCCACAGAAUACGUCAUCCGAGAGGUGCUUCUUGGUGUGACGAUCUGCUUUGCGCAAAUCCCCGAAUCUGUGGCCUUUGCAUUCAUGGCUAACAUCAAGCCCCCGAUUGCCCUGCAUGCCGCAUGGAUAGUUGGUUUCAUUUGCAGCGCUUUCGGUGGACGGCCCGGCAUGGUCAAUGGUGCGACCGGCGCUUUUGCGGCCAUCAUUGGAACCUUCAUCCCGCCGGCCGGCACCGGCAACAACGGCGAGGGCGUUGAGCUGUUGUUCCCCUCAGUGAUUCUUGCCGGGCUCCUCAUGGUCCUGGUGUCAGUGACGAAGCUCUCCCGCUUCAUCACCCUCAGAAGCUUUGAGGUCAUGCUGGGCUUCUGCAACGGUCUGGCUAUCGUCAUCGGGUUGUCCCAGCUGCAUCCCUUCGAGGACCCUGUGACACACCACUGGAAAGAAGGGAUGGAGAUGAUCUGGAUGCUGGUUAUCUGCUUCUCGAGCAUGAUCGUCAUGGAGUUCUUGCCCAAGAUCCCGCUGAAGAUCUUCAAAGUGGUGCCUUCCUCGCUCUUGGCCAUCAUCUCGGCUAUCGUGAUCGAGUUCGCGAUCGUGCGAAGCUCUGGCUCGCGAACCGCCACCAUUCGCGACGUCAGCGAGUUCACCCUUGACACUGCCUUCCCGAUUCCAUUCUUCAUCAGCACGGAUGCUGUGAGCUACGACCUGACUCCAAUCUUGACGGGGGACGGGAUCAGCAAGAUCGUCAUCCAGGCCAGCUGGCUGCGACGGAGACUCGCCGAUCCUCUGGGAUUCUUGUGCAGCUAUGCAAGACAUGUUGGCAUCUUCCUGUGCCUCGUGGGCUCCAUCGAGUCGCUCAUGACGGCCGAGGAGCCCGGCAAUGGAGACCGCACUGUGCUAGCCAUGGGCGCGGCCAAUGUCCUCAGCGGCUUCUUAGGGGGCAUGGGAGGCAAUGCAAUGAUCGGCCUUUCUACGGUGAACUGCCUGAAUGGUGGUAAGGGGCGCUUGGGCCCCUGUGUCACAGCUCUGGGAAUCAUGGCCUGCGUCAUGGGCGCCUAUCCAUUGCUCAACUACAUCCCUGUUGCUGCCUUAGCCGGCAUCAUGCUUGUCGUUGUGCUGCACACCUUCAAGUGGUUCACCAUCCCCAUGGUGUUGGCGGCAUUUCUCCCGAAGAGCCUGCGUGAGAAGCUGGGCCUGCAGCGCAAGGUGCCGCGGAUAGAUGCCAUUGUCAUCAUCAUUGUGACGAUCCUGUGCAAGUGGCCGGCAGGCACCAACAUCGCGGUGGCUGUGGGCGUCGGUGUUGCAAUCUGUUCGGUGUCGUACGCCUGGAAUUCAGCGGACACGUUCGAGGUCAUCGUGUCCGAGAAGGAAGACGUGAAGCAGUACUUCAUCCACGGGCCGUUCUUCUUCACCUCCGCCAACCGUUUCCUGAAGAUUUUGAAUGCCGACGAGGACCCAGAAAAGGUCGAAGUCGUCUUCUCCGAAGCCACGUCUCUCUUCGACUACUCUGCCAUGCAGGCCAUGAACAAGGUCAGCGCUGAGUACAAGUCCAAGGGCAAACAGAUUGUGUUCAAGUCGCUGUGCUCGAAGAGCACGAAGUUGAUCAACAAGGCAGGCCUGCUAAGGUCCGAGACGGAGUACACCGAGCGAGACAUGGAGGUGGCCGACCUCCACGGCGUGGAGUGGGGCGGCGGCGACCUUCCCGAGGGCGGCGAGCUGGGCCAUGCCCUGUCGAGGUAUGGGCUGCCCAGCCUGCAUCCUGAGAAUGGCUCCCGCAACGGGACGAAAGACUCUCCGGCACAAGUGGUCAGCGCCAACGACCUGACCGUGGUCGUGGGCAACGUGAACGAGGCUGCAAAUGUUCUGAAGGCCGGGAAGCUGUGGGUGUUUGCAGCGGAAGGUGCCGCAAGCUUAGCAGCUAGCAUGGAGGCAGCCCUCUUCCAGAGUGUACUGAUUCCAGCAGCAUAUCACACAACCAUCCACAGCCAGGCGUCGACGGCCAAUACAACCAAUCCGGGCUCCGCGCUUGACAGCUUGCAGCCGCAACAGCAUGUCAUAAACACAGUGCACUACAUCAUCAAGCCAAGCUCUGAAGUCGUAGGUGUUCGAGGAGGAGUGUGCUGCAAUGGCGACCGUAGCACCAGGGACAGGGACGCAGGAGCCAUUGCUGCCCGAUGGGCAGCGCUCUGGGGGACGAAGCUCCGGGGAUGCAAGCUGCUUGGCCAUCCCUGUGGUGUCGUGCUUCUUUUGCUUAUUGCUCGACGUUCGGAGACGGCGUGCAACCCGGAAGACCUCCAGCAUGUGAAGCCUCCUUACGGUGGCAACUUGCUUCCUUCCUACUUCAUCCUGUCGCAGCACCUGAACCUCAGCCGAGCUGAGACGAUCGUCAAUGUCUAUGACAAGCAUUGGGCCAGGCUUGGGCAUUUUUACCGCGACAUCUACGGGCAUUUCGGAUACUCCGACCUGUCUAACCGGAUCUGGUUUGAAGCACGCCGAUCCAUGAUGAAUAACAUGUUCAGGUCGCGGGUACUGCCCAGGCAAUUCAACCUGCAGAAGUGUAACGUUGACUUUGAUGGACAGCGGGGUGGGAUCUUUGACGUGAGCGAGGCAUUCCAAGGCGAUGUGCAUCAUGUGGCUAAUGCAAUCUUCAGUCUCGAUUACUCGAAGAACUUGACGCUGGGAAUUGGCCAGUUCCACAAGUGGCAGACUUUAGACGGAUGGCUCCAUCAUCGCCCACGCGAAGCAACACGUCUUUUUGGACGACGGGCUCUUCGUGAUCUUGACCUCAAACUGGACGGUGGACGUCUCAGAGUCUUCGCAGCUGCCAAAUUGGGUUGUUGGCUUCCUAGCCGCUUUUAG